AUGGUACCCAAGGCAUUUCAAGCAGGUUACGCGAACACGACUGGCUUCAGAAAGGUUGUCAAGGCGACUAUAUACAUCAAGAAGAAAGAUGGCAUGUCGGAUGCCGACUUUAUCGAGUACUAUAACAACAACCACGCACAGCGCGCGGUUCCCAUCCUGCAGCGCCAUGGCAUCCUCAGCUACAGCCUUACAUACCAUCUAGAGCGGGAUCGAAAAGCCAUACAAGACAUUAUGCACGGCAAAGCCAAACUCAUGGACUACGAUGCCAUCUGCACCUUCGUCUUCCCCGACUAUCUGGCGCUGGCCAAGUUCAUGUACGACAAAGACGGCGCUGCCUUGAAUGGCGAUCACGACAACUUCAUGGACGACAGCCAAAUGAAGAUGAUGGUCGGAGACGAGUACAUGCUCAUCCAAGACGGGGACAAGGUCGGAUGA